AUGGAUCUCGAAUAUGAUCUGGACGAACCUCCCGCAGCUUCUGACGACCCAAACAGACCCUCUACUUCCGCUCAUGGUGUGGAAUUGUUCGGAGAGCUGCUUAGAUACGAGAUGUUUCGGGCUGACCCGGCUCCCUCUACCUGGUCAAUGGACGGGUUAGGUUACACGGAUGACGCACCACAUGUCUACACCGACAGCCGGGUUGACAACCAAUUGCAUCCACCGGACAGCUACGCGCACAGCCUGCAUACAGAUAGUUGGGAGGACGGCCUGCAGGAGAUUGAGGACUUCGAUUGGUCGGCAGAUAAAGAUAACGAACGGUAUAUUGGCGAAGGGAUUAGCGAGGCUCAGGUCGAGGAAGACAUUCAGACUGUUAGUGGCGCUGACGCUCUGGGUUCAGGCGACCAAGAUAGCGACCAUAACCUCGUUCUUCGCGACGACGCGCAUCUGCAUGGAAAGGUGGACUCACCAAUCACUCGACCGGCAGACCAGAUUUGGAACUCGAAGGAACCCUUACCAUCUGGUGGAACCGCGUCUAACCCAGAAGCGUCUGAGACCAAUGCGUUGCGCCAACCCAUCAAAUACGUUGGAUCGGAUGCACUUGUUAUCGAUGGCCAGAACAUCGAAGUUCAGGAUGCUAUGAGCGUCGACAACAUCCCAAUAUUCGCUGAUACCGGACACCCGGAUGUCGCUCCUGAGAUGGAAGCUGGUGUGGCUGUAAAACAAGGACCCGAUACGAGUACUGAUACGCUGGCCUUCCAACAAGGAGCUGUCGCAGACAACAUCAUCACCGGGAACGAAAUCCGUAAAAGCUUAGAGGAUACCGUUAUGUCAAAGGCGUCAACUAUAGCCUCCGUGUCGACACCCCCAGAUCACGACAGUCUCUUGGUAUACGAACCAAACUUGAAGGUCCCUCCACAAAUUUUCACAGCCCCUGAAAUACCGGCGAAAUACACAACCAUAGAGUCCGAACCGCUCGCAGCAGCAUAUUCUUAUAACAGCCGUGGUUAUGAUGAAGCUAUUUACAGUGUUGCAGAAGCAUCAGAUCAGCUGCAGAUGCAGGAAGACGGACCAAGGGCUCAAGAUCAGCUGCAUGAUAACUCCACGGUUACAGUUCAGCCUGUGAUUGGUACCUUGCAGUCGCCAUCAGAAGGGCUUUCCAAAGUGCGGUAUCUGUCAUACUCAGGAGCUAAGUCGACUGACGAUAUACCGGAAACCACACCUGAUCCCACGAUUUGCUUGGCGCCUGAUGGGGACAAUUCGACUAGUCCAAAGUCUCCUGGCGCACUGUCGCGUGUAGAAGAGGACGGUGAUGGACCGUGGCAAGCGCAAUUACACAAUGCGGUUAACGAGGUAUUUUCUGAUGGUUUCUUGGAGCUUCUGCCACCAGGUUACCGUGAUCGCAACGUUGACUUCGUCAAGCCACCUCCGGAGAUCACAAACGACGAAGUGUUGGUGCAAGCUACCCCACCCCUGGCGAUUCCAUCCUCAAAACAGCAACUCGAGAACAGUGCGGCUUUGCUGCCUUUGCCUUCCGCGCCUGAGAAUCAUGCAAGAGGUAGUGAGAAAUCCGAGGUUCAACCUGCCGAAACAUCUGCGGCCAAAGAGAAUGCGACUGUGACAAAACUGGCCUAUAUGUUAUCGAAGCCUCUAUCUCCAUCCAAUGUCGAGCCAGCGAAUGCUAGAGCUGAAGACCAUGUGACUAUGCCCGACUUGGAAAAUAGCAAAACUGUAGUGGCGGUACCCAAGCACGAUCUGGCAGAAAGGACAUCGUCGAUCGAUUACCAAGUCACGAUCAAAGACCUAGAUUCUACAACACCACUAGGAACAUCCUCAACCUUCACAACACCUCAAAGUUCACCGAGAUCUCCGGGUCUUUCAACACCAGUGCUAGCACCUACGGUUCAAAAUCACUACCCUUGCAAGCGCUCGAGACCGACUAAGAAGACAAACAACGCAUCCGAAACCGAAUCUGAUGCCCCACCGAAGAAGAAGGCGAGAAAAAAUGUUUCUCCCAAGCCACGCGCUAGCAGAGCCAGGAAGCCGAGCGAAGCUCUAGAAGAUCAGGAUAUUCAACCCACGCUAUCGCCAGCGAAGACCAGACGUGGUGCAGUCAAGUCAAAGAAGGAAGCCGCUUAUGUAAUUGGAGCGGAUGAGGACUUAUCUGCAUCGAUCCAACAAGGAAGCACUUCAAAGCUCGGUCACUCUGCACAAGAUGGAUCUACUGGACCGUCUCGACAAGUACCUAUCACAGAUGAAUUGGACAACAUGACUUUCGCCAGCCAUUCCGAGACUAAACAAUCCGAUCACGAAGACAACAAUGCGGAUGUGAAAGAGUAUUAUAGUGACAUCAAGGUUCCAGUGACAACUAGCAAGCAUGUCCCUUCCGUUGAAAAUGUCCCGAGCACACCAAGGUCUAGACCGAGGGUAUCAAAGCGUGAGCUUCAAGGUCUCAAUUCGCCUAGGUAUCGAGAACGCCCAUCAAUGGCAAAGCGGGACACGCUGCCUAUAGCACGCCAGUUGUUCAAAUCGGAUACUCUGUAUGGACAUAUGUCGAGCACACCGACCCUUGAACUGUCACCCGCCGCUCCUGUGAGCACAUUUGACUUGCCGAUCUUUGCUGAAGUCGCUAGUGGUACUAUAAAGGUAGCCAAACUUCCAUUGGCAAAGUCCAAAGAGACCUCACCAAAGACGAAGGAGAUGAAGAGCAGUCCUACAGCACCACAAGCUGCCAAAAUGACCUCUGCUGCUCGUCCCAUAAGGAAGCAAAUGGUGGAGCCUGUGGAAGAAGAGGAGUAUGAUUUGUCCCCCGCACCCAAGAUAGACACUACAAAGCCUCUUACAUUACCAGACCUCCCUUCACCCCUGAGGUUAUCGACUAACAGGUGCAGAACAACUAGGACUAGAAGGAAAGUCGACAAGCACCCAGAGUCCAAUUUCCCGGUCGACGACAGCUCUGUGGUUGGUAAUACCAAGCCAGACCAUGAGGAUCUGUUCUCUGACACUGGCAAGCCUGAAGACGUGAACAAUGAAUCCGAGGAGGAUGACGACGACUUCAAGGACGACCAAGAAACCACCAAAACCCCAGACGAACAGGACUCAUCAGACGAUAACGUCUCCGGCAUCACCCCACCUCCCAGCAAGAAGCCCAGGCUCAAGAACAAAUCGCUGGUGUUCGGUAACCAGAAUACCAACCAGUCCAACUCUCGUACCAGCACAGCACCACUUAGCAUCCCCUCUUCCAAAGGCACACCAACUACGAACAAAUACGGUUUCAAGCCUUCUCCAAGCGGUCCGCGGACACGACAGGCACCAAAGGCAGCUGCAGCAUCUAAAUCUGCACUCGCAUUGAAGGCCAAGACCAAGGUACCUGCGAAGCGUAGGGCAAAGACUGCGCGUAGCAGCGUAGUGGCAGAUACGGAAGAAAAUGGAGAAGAGGCAUCAGUUCCAACAAAAGGCAAAGCCAAAGGCAAAACGUCGACCGCAUCCACUUCCGUUACUACGGCGAUUCUAGAAUCUGCUGAAUUUCCCUCUGUACGCCAAACUCGUCGUGCGUCCGCGAUGGCACAUGAGAUCAAACAUGCGCGGGAAGAAAAAGAGAGGGAGGCAAAGGAAAGGGUCAAGGCUGAGGCCAAGGCAAAGCUUAGGAAGAAGGUUUGA